AUGGUCACAAGGAGCGUCCUCUUGGGCCUCGUGGUCCUUGUCUUGCUCUCCUAUGUCCCACCAGGUAGAAGCGGGCCCAAUGCCUACAUACGAAGAGCCUUUGCUACAUGUUGGCGACUACAUGGUAUUUGCAAGCAAAAAUGUUUAAAACCCGAAGAAUAUCAUAUUUUGUGUGAUACUACAUUUCUGUGCUGUGUAAAACCAAAACAGAUGCCUAUACUGACUGGGAAAUAG